AUCAUUCUGUGGAGGUUAUGAUGAAUAGAACCCAAAACGGUUAAUUUUUCAAUAAAUUGUAUUUUGGAUUUGUUACUACAUACCAUCAUGAAAUUACUUGUCCAUAAUAUACUAACAAGUAAAUGUUUGAAGGGUGUCAAAGUUGGCUAUCCCCUCGCUAUUAAGGCUGAAGAGGUCACAACAUCUGUUGUUGAUUUCAAUACAGAAUUCAUUCAAAGAAUCAUUCCCAAACUAGAAUGGAAUGUACUAAAAGAAGCAUGUGAUAAUGUGAUGGAGAAUGGAUAUCUCCCAAAUGAACUUACUGAAAAUUAUAGUAAUGAUGAAGAAUUGCUUAAAAAAAUUCAUCAUGUUUUGAUGGAAAUUGAAAUUAUAAAAGGAAAUUUGGUUUGUCCAGAAACAGGUCGAUCUUUUCCAAUUACAAAUGGUAUCCCUAAUAUGCUUUUAAAUGAAGAUGAGGUUUGAAUAUGUCUUGUUGGAAGAUAUAUAUAUUAACAAAUAACUGAAAUGUCAAAUAAUGGGAUCUUAAAUUAGAUUUUAUAUAUGAUUUGUUGUUCUAAUAACUGAGUUUAGAAUAAAUGUAAAUAUUA